AUGGAUCUAGGACAGAAUAAGGCCAGCGCCAAAGCAGUUGCGUCCAUGUCUAAAGGGGUAGAUAACAUGACGCAGGUCAUCGCAAACCAGACGAGCACGACGGCUGGUGCGUCUCAGCCGGCUGUAAACAAGACGGAGCCGAAGCCAUUCGGUGGUUUGCCGCGCGAGCUUCGUAUCAAAGUAUACAACUUCGCUAUCUUACAGAUACAACCCAUUGAACCUAUGGAAGCUACGGGGGAAUCGAGGAAGUUCAAGGACGCUGCUAGCCCGAUCAUCACCGAGACAGAUGGAGUAGAACACCAGCGCCAUCCAACCGCCGUACACGCCUUCACCAGCUUACUGUUGACUUGCAAAAUGCUCAACCAGGAACUCCUGGCCAAAGCAGAAUUCUACAGCGUGAGUGUUCCUUGCACCAUGAUUGAAUGA